AUGAGUGGACCGACAAAUGUUCAGUACCAAUCAGGUCUUUAUGGAGGAAACAACAACAGCAGCUCUCCUCUGUCCAGCCGCGGAAAUUCACCCAUUGUGUGCGAGCGCUGUGGGGAGGUGUGUCGUGGGGAGGUGGUGCGCGUCAAGAACACACACUUCCACGUGCACUGCUUCACCUGUCAAGUUUGCGGCUGUGAUCUGGUGGACUCAGGUUUCUUCCACCACUCUGGCGAAUAUAUCUGUACUGAGGACUACCAGCGGCUCUACGGGACCCAGUGUGACAGCUGUGACCAGUACAUCACUGGAGAAGUGGUAUCUGCCCUGGGCAGGACUUACCACCCACAGUGUUUUGUGUGCAGCCUCUGCAGGAGUCCCUUCCCGAUUGGAGAUAGGGUGACCUUCUGUGGGAAGAAAUGUGUGUGUCAGCAGUGCUCACACACUCUGAAGAGCGACAAGCCGGUCAAGGUCCAUGGGCCAAGCUACUGUGCAAGCUGUGGUGAGGAGAUCAAACAGGGUCAAUCUCUGCUGGCUCUGGAGAGACAGUGGCACGUCAGUUGUUUUAAAUGCCGAACAUGCGGCUGUGCACUUACUGGAGAGUACAUCAGCAAGGAUGGGAUACCUUACUGUGAGACUGACUACCAUGCUCAGUUUGGGAUCAGGUGUGAAGGCUGUAAAAGAUACAUCAGUGGCAGAGUACUGGAGGCUGGAGGGAAGCACUAUCACCCCAGUUGUGCCAGGUGUGCCCGCUGUCACAUGAUGUUCCUGGAAGGAGAGGAAAUGUACCUAGCAGGUUCAGAGGUUUGGCACCCGAUGUGUAAAGAAGCAGCUCGGCUCGAGCGAAAACUGAGGCUGAGACGUACCUCUGAGACGGCGUCCAUUUCUCCUCCGGGCUCCUCUCCACUCCUCGGCUCCCCUCACAGACUCAUCUGCUCUAAGGUUGAUAGUAAUGUUUUGGACUACAAGCAGUUGGCGGCUCUGCCCAGGGUCAAAGCCAUAUAUGACAUCCAGCGGCCUGACAUCAUCCCUUAUCAGGCCGACCAUGCUCACACACACCUCUCAGAUGACACUCUGGAGCGAUACAGCUGUGGACAGUCAUUGGGCUCCUUAUCACCAUACUCACAUGAUCUUUUGGAUGGCAUGGAGUUGAGAACGAGGCGUUCCUCCAGCUCUGCCUUCACUGAUUCUCCUGCACAGAGUCGCCACGGAGGGUCCCCACUGCAUUAUUAUCUCCCGGGCAGUGAAAGUGGCAGGAGUUCACCCUAUUACAGUCAGCCAGAGCCCAGGUGCGCCACACCCACCACCACAACACUUCAAGCCCCCAAGCAUUUCCAUGUGCCAGCAUCUGAGGAAAGCAAUAUCUACAGGAAACCCCCCAUCUAUAAAAGACAAGACAUCCCAGCGUCUCCGAUAGCCAGUAAGAGAAAGACCAAUGAGAACCUUGUCAAUGCCAGUCGUCUUUCUUCCUCAAACUGUAACAGUGUUUAUCACCCUGACUCCAAUUACUACCCCUAUACUGGCUCUCCAAAAGUCUCCAGAACAAGGAGGUUUUCGUCUGGAGGGGAGGAGGAUGGAUGGAAUCACAAUAUAAACAGGGGGAUCGGCAGGUUGAUCCUAAAGGAGGAAAUGAAGGCGCGGUCAGGCAUUCACGACAAUGACCAAUGGGGGAGCAGACGCAGUUCACGCUGUAGCAGCAAGGAGGCGCUUAACAACCUUGGAGGAUACAGCUCCCUGAACGGCUCCCCCAGGUCCAUCUACAGUGCAGACAGCGAUUCAUACAUUGCCAAAUCUGCCUCGUUGCCAGGCUACGGCAGAAAUGGGCUGAACAGGCCUGGGAGUGCUGGUGCAGAUUAUUACCAGUAUGACAGCAGUAAUGCAGUUAAUUGGCAGAUCAGAGAAUACAAGAUCUACCCAUAUCAAGCUCUAAUGGUGUCAGUCAGGGGGCAUCAGCGUCUUCCCAGUGAUGUGGACCGAGCCAGACUGGAGCGUCAUCUCUCACCAGAGGAGUUCCACAGAGUCUUUGGCAUGUCCAUAUGUACCUUUGACCAUCUCGCUCAGUGGAAGAAGAAUGAACUUAAGAAACAGGUCCGACUUUUUUGA